UCUUCUUCCUCUCUAACUCCAAAUCCCUCGCUCAAACACACACACACAAAAACAGAGCAUACUGAGUUUUCUUUUCAACUUGUUCAAGCUGGCGAUCGAAAACAAUGAAACCACUGUCCGUGAAAUCAAACCCAAGAGCAGAAGAAUUAUGGGAGCCGGUGGUCCUGACGAAGAAGACAACAGGUGGCCGCCAUGGUUGAAACCUUUGUUGAGAGAACAAUUCUUCGUUCAGUGCAAGCACCAUGUUGAUUUUCACAAGAGUGAAUGCAAUAUGUUCUGCUUGGAUUGCAUUAACGGCGCCCUCUGCUCCCUCUGCUUAGCUUAUCACAAGGAUCAUCGUUGUAUUCAGAUAAGGCGAUCCUCGUACCACGAUGUAAUAAGAGUAUCCGAGAUACAGAAGUAUCUAGACAUAUCUGGAGUUCAAACAUAUAUAAUCAACAGUGCCAAGAUCGUCUUCUUGAACGAGAGGCCACAGCCGAGGCUCGGGAAAGGCGUGACCAACACUUGCGAGGUCUGUGAUCGUAGCCUCGUGGACUCCUUCCGGUUCUGUUCUCUCGGUUGCAAGAUUGUUGGAACAUCAAAGAGUUUCCGUAAGAAGAAGAGGCAGUUGCACAUGGGCAUGGCAUUAGACUCCGAGGAUUCAUACAGCAGCAGUAGUAGCAGCCAUGGAAAGCCGAGAAACUUUAGUCCGUCGACGCCGCCUCCGACUUCCGUUAAUCAUCGGACUCCGAAACGGAGAAAGGGGAUUCCCCACCGAGCUCCCAUGGGAGGACUAAUCCUAGAAUUUUAGGCAAAUCCGUAAAGA